GUUUCCUCCCAACAGCUGAUUCUGACGGAGCUGAGCGAACACAGCCGAACACACCCGAAGCGACGAGUCCGCGCUGAACCACCGGAAUCGAACUGACUCCGGAUCCGCAGAUAGUCACAUUUAUAUCUGAUCAAAGUGCACACAGGUCGCAUUCACUACGCGGCUGAACAGACGCAGAGAAGAUGGCGGCUCUGAGCAGCUGGGAAAUGUGUGUUAAAUACGCUCUGUUCAUCUUUAACUUCGUCUUCUGGUUGGCAGGUUCUGGAGUCCUGGCUGUGGGUCUGUGGCUGCGGUUUGACACCAGGACGGCAGGACUGUUUGAAGGAGAGGACUCGCCCACCGUCUUCUUCACCGGUGUGUACAUCCUGAUCGCCGCGGGGGCUCUGAUGAUGGUCGUCGGCUUCCUCGGAUGCUGCGGCGCCAUCAAGGAGUCGCCGUGCAUGCUGGGACUGUUCUUCCUCUUCCUGCUCCUCAUCUUCGCCGUGGAGGUGGCAGCUGGGACCUGGGGCCUCUCCAACAAAGACCGGGUGGUGGAGGACGUCACAGAGUUUUAUAAACAGACGUAUUCCAACUAUGUACAAACCAAACAAGAAGCUCUGAAGGAGACGCUGCGUCUCAUCCACUUCGGAUUGAACUGCUGUGGUCCGACUGGGACGGUGAUCGCUGCGGCCAAAGACACCUGCCCUGACAAGGAGGGACUCAUCGUCACGAGUUGCCCAAACGCCAUCGACGAGAUGUUCAACACCAAACUGCACAUCAUCGGUGGAGUCGGCAUCGGCAUCGGAGUCAUCAUGAUCUUCGGGAUGAUCUUCAGCAUGAUGCUCUGCUGCGCCAUCAAGAGAUCCAGAGACUUCGUCUGAGGAACCAAACGCUCCGUCUGUAACUCGCCUGCUGCUUCACUCAGUUUAAUAUUCAUGAUAAAGUUAGUUUCCUGCCGGGGUCCGUACAGGAUGACCAGCUGUGACCGUGCGGAGCCUGAGAAACUUAGAUUUUUAGAUUAUAUUUGUAUUCAAAGUAAAAAGAUGUGUUUUUAUUCUAUUUGAUAAAUUUAACAUCGAGAAACAUUGACAGGAAAGAGAAGAGAUGACUCUGCUGCCCGGAGUCUGUCGGAGUCUGAACUUUGUGACGAGCUCGGCUCUUUUGUUUUGCAGCUAACAGAAUUUUACUGUGACUGGUGUUUUAUUUUGAAGUUGCACGUUUGAAGCUUGGAUUUAUUUUUUUAAUAAAAGCAGAACUGAGGAGUUUUAUAACCACAUGUUACUGAUGCAGUUUAAAUAUGUAAGAUGCCAAAUAAAUGAAUUAAUGUGUUAAA